AAAUAGAAAAAAAGAAGAAAAAACGCAUUAAUUUGAAUGAAAAGGAUUUCUGUUAUCCAUUCUCAGUCUCUCAUGAACACACAUACAAGAAAUUACAGUAGAAGAAGUGAGGGAGAAGGAGAGGGAGUGAAGUGAGAAGCUAAAUUUAGAUGAGAUAUUGGGUAUUUCGUUGAACAAACUGAAGAAAUUUAGAUAAAUUAUACUUUCAAAGGGUUGAUGUUGUAGUCGCCGGGGCAAUGGCAUUCGGAGCGGUUAUUCCGAGCCGUAAUUUCGGUUAUUUUCUUGGUUCAGGAAAAGUAUAUCAAAUAGAGCAGGCUGGUACACAUCAAAGGGGAGAGCAUCAAGGUGUUUGUGGUGCGAGAUAUGGACAGGGAAACAUUUUCAACAAAAAGUCACCCCUUCUAAAGAAAUCCUGUUCCUACAAGUCAAGAAACUUGUAUAGACCAGUGAUUCAUCUUAUUGGUCCUUCAGACAUGAAAACUAGAAAACGAAAGACGGGAACCUUUGGUGAAGUAGAGUAUCUUCACUCAGACCCACCAUUCGAUGAAAAGUUUCAUGUGUUAAAUCUUAAGCAAAGAAUUCAAGUAAGAUGCAGAUGUUUUAUUUCUUCAGAUCCCUCUGUUGGCAGUUUGGUUCAGCUCAGAAAGAUGCAUAAAUUCGGUUUAUAUAAUGGGCAUGUCCAACACUCUGACUUUCAUAAAGCAUCUACGACACGUGCUGAAUAUAAAUCAGAAGAGUAUGAGAUAGCAGGGGAGAAGCUGAACUCACUGAGCUCUUCGGAAGUGCCGAAUGAAGCUGUUUUAGUGGAAGGGAGUGUGCAAAAUAUAUCUUGGUGGGAGAAAUUUCCAAAGCGUUGGGUGAUCGUACUACUAUGUUUUUCUGCAUUUCUCCUCUGCAACAUGGAUCGUGUCAACAUGAGCAUUGCCAUACUUCCGAUGUCACAGGAAUUCAACUGGAAUUCUGCAACUGUUGGUCUAAUUCAGUCUUCUUUUUUCUGGGGUUACCUGCUGACUCAGAUUGUUGGAGGUAUAUGGGCGGAUAAGAUUGGUGGUAAGCUUGUACUAGGUUUCGGGGUGGUUUGGUGGUCUCUUGCAACAAUUCUAACACCUAUAGCUGCAAAACUUGGGCUUCCCUUCUUGCUUAUUACGCGUGCCUUUAUGGGGAUUGGUGAGGGUGUUGCUAUGCCAGCUAUGAAUAAUAUACUUUCAAAGUGGGUCCCUGUAUCUGAAAGAAGCAGAUCUCUUGCAAUUGUAUACAGUGGCAUGUAUCUUGGUUCUGUGACAGGCCUGGCCUUUUCUCCUAUUUUAAUCCACAAAUUUGGCUGGCCCUCUGUAUUUUACUCUUUUGGUUCCCUUGGAAGUAUCUGGUUGAUAUUAUGGCUGAAUAAGGCACACAGCUCUCCAAAAGAAGAUCCGGAGCUUUCUACUGAUGAAAAGCUUAUCUUGGAGGGCAAUGCUUCGAAGGAUCCGGUUUCUGUCAUUCCAUGGAAAUUAAUUUUGUCAAAAAGACCUGUUUGGGCUCUUAUAAUCUCCCAUUUUUGUCAUAAUUGGGGAACUUUUAUUCUUCUUACGUGGAUGCCAACAUACUAUAAUCAGGUGUUGAAGUUCAAUCUCACUGAAUCUGGAUUAUUGUGUGUCUUACCAUGGCUAACCAUGGCCGUGUUUGCAAAUAUAGGAGGGUGGAUUGCUGACACUCUUGUAAGCAAAGGUCUUUCAAUAACUGUAGUUCGAAAGGUAAGCUCUGUUCAGUGUUGACCAAGGAGCUCAUAACUGGAAUUAUCGGUGAACAUUUUCUUAGUGCCUAUCAGGGUGGAUGUUCCUGUGCUUUAACCGUGUCUAUCUGUUCAUUGUUGCAUAAUAUCUGAUUAAAAGCUUAUGGUUCAAUAGAAAAACUACUAAUUUCAAUAACCUUCAUUGCUUUUCGUGUACUUUUUUGACUAUGUUGUCUGGAUUAUUUAGUAUAAAUGUUUUUUCACUGUCUAUACGGGCAUGUAUGUUGGGUUUCCUCCUAACAUGAAGGAGGUGGACCCACAUGCAUUAAUGGCGGUGAGAAGUGCAUUACCAACUCCCUCUCCUAAUUAUUGUGUAUAAAAAGGAGGGUACGGGUAAGAGAGAGUGCAUGACUCCUCUCCUGGUGUCGUGAUAGCGUACUCCAUGAGUUGGGUGAGCAUGUGAGCCCUUUUCUCAUUUCGUUAUCAUGAGUGGAGAGAAAA